AUGUCUGGCAGAGGGAAAGGAGGCAAAGGACUGGGCAAAGGCGGAGCGAAGCGGCACCGUAAAGUGCUCCGUGAUAACAUCCAGGGCAUCACCAAACCGGCCAUCCGGCGUCUGGCUCGCCGUGGCGGCGUCAAGCGGAUCUCGGGUCUGAUCUACGAGGAGACCCGCGGGGUGCUGAAGGUUUUCCUGGAGAAUGUGAUCCGGGAUGCGGUCACCUACACUGAACACGCCAAGCGCAAGACGGUCACUGCCAUGGAUGUGGUGUACGCUCUGAAACGUCAGGGCCGCACUCUCUAUGGCUUCGGCGGCUGAAAAACUCCCACUUCCUCCCGAGAACAACACAAAGGCUCUUCUAAGAGCCACCCACCGCCUCACAGACGGAGCUGUGUCCACAACCUUUUAAUU